UUGUGAAACUGCAUUAAAUGAUGAAUUAAUGCUAUAAUUGUCGUACCAAUGAUAAAAUACCAAAGAUUAAUUAGCUCAUUAUUAAUAUAACACAAGAUUAAUCUUGAAUCUUAUGAAUUUCAAGAAGAGAGUGUGUAUGUGUUUUCUGUCUUAAAAAUAUUAAAAACGUGAAAUAAUAUUUGAAGCUUAAAAUGAUGAGAACUUUAGAAAAGUAUGAAAAAAAAUGUGUUAAGUAUGUGAAAUAAUAUGUGCGUGAAUGUGAUAAUAUAAGCUUUUAUAUUGAACUUGCAAUAAAGUUUCGUCAAAAUCGAAAAAGUUAUCGAAUCGAAAAGUUAUCGGUUUUGUAUUCUGGGCACACGAAGCUGAAUGUUGUUAUCAUGGUUUUCUUCGGAAGAAAAGAAAAGCUGGAGGACCGUCAAUUACUGGCCAGCAUAGAUGCGAUGAAUGGCGCGAUUACCCAUCAAAUCGACAACGCUGCUUUCAUGCACAUACGUGACAAUAUUGAGGAACUGGGUAAAGUCGCCGAUGACACAGACCUGUUAUUCUUGAAGGGCCUACUCGACAGCCCGGUCGUCACGUCUCUUGUAAAGGUUCAGGAGCGUCUGGAGGAUCCGCCAGUGCCCGUAGAACCGGUAUGCUCAUCCGUCUGUGACAUUGUUGACGAAGUGUGUGACGCCUUCCAAACCUCCAGGAACUUAUAUGCUAAGGAACUGGUGAAUCUUCUUAGGAAUUCGCAUCUAAAAGCGCUCUUGGAGACGCACGACGCAGUUGUAAAACACAAGGAAGCGUCCUCUAAAGCGAUUUCUCCCUUAGUGACAAUGCCGACGAGCAAGAAGGAAGCAAUGCCUAUGAGGGUGGUUGGUCUUAGAAGACAACCAGACGAGCCAUUGGGUCUAACAGUACAAGUCGAUGAAUCUGGGAAUAUGAUUAUUGCCAGAAUUCUCGGUGGCAGCACAGCAGCUCGUCAAGAGCUUCUGAGGGUAGGUGAAGUAAUACUCGAGGUCAAUGGUAAAAGAGUUCGAAAUCCAGAAGAGCUACAGCAAGCAAUCCAGGAAGCCAAAGAGAAUCUAUCACUGAAAUUGGCUCCAGGUAUCGCUACUGAUACAAAUCGACUUCUCAAGUCUACGUGUUACAUGAGAGCCCUUUUCGAUUAUGAUCCGUCGGAAGACACGCUUCUACCUUGUAGAGAAAUUGGUUUACCUUUCCAAAAAGGCGACAUUCUCCAAAUUGUCGAUCAAGCUGAUCCGAAUUGGUGGCAGGCCCGAAGAGUGGAGGGCGAAAGUCUCGGAUCGCCCGGAUUAAUACCUUCGCUGGAAUUGGAAGAGCGCAGAAAAGCAUUCGUGCCACCCGAGGCUGACUUUGUUCACAAGAUCAGUAUUUGCGGCACCAGGAUAUCUAAGAAGAAAAAAAGGAAAAUGUACCAAUCUAAAUCGAACGGUGAGUUCGAUGCUGCCGAGUUACUUCUCUACGAAGAAGUCGCCCGAAUGCCGCCAUUUCGACGCAAAACAUUAGCUCUGGUCGGACCACGCGGCGUAGGUCGGCGGACUCUAAAAAACAGGUUGAUCAACAGCGAUCCCGAGAAAUUUGGCACUGUCGUACCUUAUACAUCAAGGCCACCUAGAGUUCUCGAGGAGGAUGGCAAGAGCUACUGGUUCACUGAUCGCGAGACGAUGGAGGCUGACAUCAGGGAACACAGAUUUUUGGAACAUGGCGAACACGGUGGACAUUUGUAUGGUACAAAAUUGGAUUCUGUGCGAGAAAUGAUAAGAGCCGGCAAGAUGUGCGUAUUGGAUUGCAGUCCAGCCGCGCUCAAGAUCCUCCAUAACAGUACCGAGUUUAUGCCUUAUGUUAUAUUCAUCGCAGCGCCCGGAAUGGAGCAGCUGAAGUCUUUAUAUGAUCUCGGUAGAUCGACCGGUGCUAGCAGUCGGAAUCUAACGUUCGACCGCCAGAGUUCCAUCAGAUACAGUUCGAGAAGAGCUAGGACACUGGAAUCUCUCGCGUCUUUAUAUGAGGAGGAUGAUUUGAGAUCUACAUUGGAGGAAUCCGCAGCUUUGCAGAGAGCCUAUGAAAAAUACAUUGAUUUGGUGAUUGUGAACGAGGAUUUUGACAAUACGUUCAGGCAGGUGAUUGCAGCUUUGGAUGCUUUAGCUACGGAGCAUCAAUGGGUACCAGUCAAUUGGAUUUAUUAAUUGGUUCUCGAAUUCGACGUAACAGAAGAAUAGGAAGCUAAAAAAGCUGUGUGCCAGUUUUAUGCGCGAAUAAACGAUAAAUUUAUUAUUGCUGAUGUCACAUUUGAAAACUGCGAAAUUACAUUAUGAAAAAUAUGUAUAUUACUCUCUUGUAUUCAAAGUAAACUCCGUUUAUCGCGCAAUUUACUAAGAAAAGACAAGGCACAUAUAAUCAGAGUACAAAGAAUGUUAUCAAUUGCGGCAUCGAUAUCAAUUGCGUCUAAAAAGCGCAAUCAAGAGAAUGUCAUUGCCGUUUAUAAUUAAAUGCAACGUUUACUUUUUAUAAAUUAGCGAUAGCUUUUUACAAAUUUAUUAAAAUAUGACCUGUUCUAUGUAUGAAAUCUGAAUUUUCACAUAUAUAUAAUACAUGUUAAAUUGUAAUAGAAGAGCUGACAACUGAAUUUUUUUCAGUUCAAUCAUUCGUUCUUGAUAAAUAGAGCAAUGAAGAUAGAAAAUCCUACUUAUAUCUAAGAACAUGAUACUUUUUUUAUAAUGGAGAGAGAAAGUUAUAUAUCGCUGCAUUUUUUACUGCCAAUUUCUACAACGACUAUAUUAACAAUGGGUCAAUUGAUGUAAAAAUGUUAGACUGCCGUCCAGUUAAUUUUAGUUUAUUUUUAAGUUAAUUAAACACAUAACAAAAUACAUGUAUAUGUUCAAGUCUAUUAUACGUAUAUUUUUCGUGU